AUGCUCAAUUCAACUUUACCAACACCACCAAUGGAUGAAUUGUGCGACUGGAAACGAGACAGUAAAAAUGAAAAAAUGUCAAGGUGUGGUUUUCGUGCUUGCUUGAAUAAAGCUGCUGUUGGACAAAAAAAUGUUCAUAAUCAUAUUUACAAAUUAAGAGGUUGGACUCGAUUUGACUGGAUCAUUUCUUUACAGGCUAUGCUUAUCACAAUUUAUGUACUUAGUGCAUUAGCAGUAAGUGCUAUUGGAUAUUUAAAUCCUUGGCCAAUGUUUCUUCUUGCUAUUUUUUUAUUCAUUCCAAUUUUGCCUAUGUUAUUCGCAACUUGGUAUGAAGAAAGUUUCAAAGUUUUUGGUUGUAUGCAGUUGCUUUGUAGUUUUGUUGAAUUGUUUUGGUCAAGUUAUAUUUUACUCGAUAUGAAGUAUCAUGACAAUGAUUGGCGUGCAUAUUUUACUAUGUUUAAUGUUUUUUGGCAGGUAAUCAAAUAUGAAUAUUAA